ACCCCUGACCUCAUCCUCAGUAUAAAAAAAAGGCAGCAGGCAGCAACCCAGCAUCGUCUUCUUCAAUCACGCCACACCACACCAUUCACCACCAGCAAUGGACCGUAUCCCUUACGCUACACCUGAUCUCGGCGGCGAUGAAGACGGACGCAUGUUCGGCCCGCGUUAUACCGGCGCCUACAACCCUUACGCGGCGGGGUCCCCUUCUGCUGACUCCCACGGCCGCGGGUACAAGGUGAGGGCUACAGCGGAGGGCAUGCACCUGGCGGUGUACAUGCCGGGAGUGAAGAAAGAGAACGCAAGGGUGUGGGCCGAGAACGACGAGCUGCAUAUCGUGGGCAAGAAGAAAGAUUUCGAGGACGAAGAAGAGAUCUCCCUGGGCUACCGCAUCGGAAAUGUGCCGGCGACCGUGUGCAAGCUGAGGGAGAUCACUGCGGAGAUGAAGGAUGGGCUUCUCAAGAUCUUCAUUCCCAGGAUCCACCAGGUCGAGGAGGAAGCCAAUGAUGGCUGGCGCGUGCCUGUUGAGUGA